CAAUCAAAACGUCGCCUUACUUACUAAGUUUUGUCGCUCCACGUAACGAAGUCGUUCUUUCUUUCAUUCCCAAUUUUCCUCCAAAAACAAGAAAAACUUGAGUGAGCCAUUAACACAAACACCAAUGGCGCAACCAUCAUCAUCCUCAUCCUCAUCCUCACACUCACUCCUUAAUCCCGACGCCGUAGACGAUGUUUACUUCUCCGUCGUCUCCGACGAUGAAACUGAUCCUACCCCCGUCUCCGAUCACAAGUACGCUGAAGCAUUACAGUUUCAAGAAGCGCUAAUGUCCUCCGUCAUCACUUCUUCACAACCACCACAACCACCACCAUGCGUAGCAUCGUCGUCAAGAACCGUCGAUGAAGAGUCACUGUUCAAUGAAACCCUUGUGGACUCACUCAUCACUUCCCAAUACGUUUCCUCGUCAACCUCACCGCCAUUACUCUGCGUACCAUCAUCAUCAUCAUCAUCAUCAAAGGCCGUUGAAGUUGACACUAUCGUGAACAAUGAAGAACAAGAACCGAUCAUCAUUUGCGAGAUUUGCGCUGAAGCAAAAACCGACGACGAAAUGUUCAGGAACCAAAGAUGUCACCAUUCCUUUUGUUCCGAAUGUGUUGUCAAACAAGUUGCAACAAAAAUCCAAGAAAACAUAACGGUUGUUUCUUGUCCCGGUUUGAACUGCAAGGGUGUGUUGGAGCUUGAAACCCUUAGGCCAUUGCUUCCCAAAGAAGUGAUUGAUAGGUGGGAUGAUGCAAUGUGUGAGGCUCUUUUGCUUGCUGUUCCGAAAUUCUAUUGUCCGUUUAAGGAUUGUUCGGCGAUGUUGCUUGAUGAAAAUGAAGAGGGGGAAGAGAUUAGGGAAUCUGAGUGCCCUUUUUGUCAUAGGUUGUUUUGUGCUAGGUGUCAUGUUUCUUGGCACCCUGGGGUUGGUUGUGAGGAGUUUCAGACAUUGAAUGUGGAUGAAAGGGGGAGGGAGGAUCUUUUGGUUAGAGAGCUUGCUAAUGAGAAGAAAUGGAAGAGGUGUUCUAAGUGUAGGUACUAUGUUGAAAAAAAGGAUGGAUGUUUGCACAUUACAUGCAGGUGCAAAUAUGAGUUUUGCUACGCUUGCGGUGAACAAUGGACAAAUACUCAUGGUGGGUGCCAAAGAAAUUAGAUAGAUCUUAGAAAGGAUGAUAAUUCGUUGGAUAUCUCUGUUUCAUGAAAUAGAUUUUGUUUGUGGUUGUUUUGAUAUGGAUAGAGGAAUGCUGCAGUUUAGAAAGACAAAAUUUGAGGAAGUCUAGGGUGUUUUUUGUUUAGUAAAACGUGAAUGCUUGUAAGAAAAAUAUGUUGCAUGGUUUUAAUACUUUGCUAAGUUGCUAUUCCUUACCGUGAUUUAUGCACGCCUUGAUCUUACUUG